AUGUCCACCACCAAACAAAUCAAAACCUCAGGCGGCACCCUCUCCCUCGAAAUCACCGGCUCCGGACCCUUGGUAAUCUGCUGCCAUGGCAUGGGCGAUACCCGCGAUGCCUUUGUCCCAUUCGCACAACAGUUCUCCUCCAACGGGUACACAGUAGCCAACAUGGACGCCCGCGGCCACGGCGAAAGCAGCACAACCUUCACCUCCUACGGUGACCUCGCCACCGCCGCCGACUACCUCACCAUCACCCACGAACUGAAUCUCGGUCCCGCAAUCCUCGCCGGCAAUUCCUUCGCUGGUGCCUCUGCAAUUAUAGCCGCCGGACAGGCGCCAGAACUUAUAGCGGGCAUCAUACUGCUUGCGCCGUUCGCAAGGAAUCCCAUGGGCGCGUUGGGUACCUACCUCGUCCCCGCCAUGUUUACACAGCCCUGGGGCCCCACAGUCUGGCGAUACUACGCCCCUACCCUCUGGCCCGGUCUCGAUAAGAAAGCAGCCACUGACCGCGCGAUCAAGACCAAGACAUCUCUUACCCGACCAGGUCGAUGGUCGGCUUUCCACAAGACGGUUCGCGGGUUGGAUCAUAGUGUGGCUACGCCUUGGCUGGCGAAGGUCAAGGCACCGGUGUUGAUGGUGAUGGGGGAUAAGGAUCCGGAUUAUUCUGAUCCGAAGAAGGAGGCUGAGUGGAUUCUUUCGCAGUUCUCGCAGGGAGGGGAGCUGAUGGUUCUGGAGGGGGUGGGACAUGGACCGAUGUUUGAGCGGCCGGAAGAGGUUGGGAGUCGGGCUUUGGAGUUUGUGAGUAAGGUUGAGAAGAGGGAAGGGAAGUUCGUGGUGCGCGGUUGA